UUGCCGGGUGUUGGAGGUCGGGUCUGCCCAGCUACUGCGAAAUGCUAUGCAAGCGCCGAAAAGUGUGUGAUUGACAUGAAAUUACAACGACAUGUGCCACAAACUACUGUUUACAUAGCAUUUACUCAGGAGCUGAUUAGUCCCACGUUGAGUAGAAGCGGGUGGAAACCUCGGAGCAGCACCUAAAACUGUGCGUCCGGUUUGUCCUACAAAGAUUUGACAGCGGCAGGACUUCACCGCGCGGGCCUGACGUUCAGGCAGCUGGAGGAGGACGGCCUCCAAAGGACUUCACGAGAUAAUAAAGACUGUCCUUUUUGUAGCGGGAAGCAAGCUCAAACAUGAGGAAGGACGUGAGGAUACUACUUGUAGGGGAACCCAAGGUGGGGAAGACAUCACUGAUAAUGUCUCUGGUUAGUGAGGAGUUUCCUGAUGAGGUUCCUCUCCGAGCUGAAGAGAUCACCAUCCCAGCUGAUGUCACCCCAGAGAGGGUUCCCACACACAUAGUGGACUAUUCGGAGGCAGAACAGUCAGACGAGCAGCUGUACCAAGAAAUAUCGAAGGCAAAUGUUAUCUGCAUAGUUUACUCGGUCAACAACAAGAAGUCCAUUGAAAAGGUGACAAGCCACUGGAUUCCACUAAUAAAUGACAGAACGGACAAGGAUAGCAGGGUACCGUUGAUCCUUGUGGGCAACAAGUCGGACCUGGUGGAACACAGCAGCAUGGAGACCAUCCUGCCAAUCAUGAAUCAAUACCAGGAUAUCGAGACCUGUGUAGAGUGCUCUGCCAAAAACCUGAAGAACAUCUCUGAGCUGUUCUACUACGCCCAGAAGGCUGUUCUCCACCCGACAGGACCCCUGUACUGCCCAGAGGAGAAGGAGUUGAAGCCUUCUUGCAUUAAGUCUUUAACUAGAAUCUUCAAAGUGUCUGACCUGGACAACGACGGCAUCCUUAAUGACAACGAGCUCAACUUCUUCCAGAGAACCUGUUUCAAUACACCGCUGGCGCCUCAGGCCUUAGAGGAUGUAAAGAACGUGGUCAGGAGGAACAUGACGGAUGGAGUCAAGGACAACGGACUUUCACUUAAAGGCUUCCUGUUCCUGCACACUCUCUUCAUACAGCGAGGCCGACACGAGACCACCUGGACGGUGCUGCGGAGGUUUGGUUAUGACGAUGACCUGGAACUCACACAGGAGUACCUGUUCCCCAUGAUAAAGAUGCCCCCAGACUGCACCACAGAGCUUAACCACAACGCUUACCUCUUCCUCCAGAGUGUCUUUGACAAGCACGACAAAGACAGAGAUUGUGCGCUGUCGCCAGAGGAGGUGAAGGACUUGUUCAAAGUGUUUCCCUACAUGCCCUGGGGUCCGGAUGUCAACCACACUGUUGGCACUAAUGAACAGGGAUGGAUCACAUACCAGGGAUACCUCUCCCAGUGGACGUUAACAACAUAUUUAGAUGUACAGCGUAGUUUGGAGUACUUCGGUUAUCUUGGCUACUCUAUCAUCUAUGAACAGGAGUCCCAGGCUGCAGCCAUCACAGUGACGCGUAACAAGCGCAUCGAUCUUCAGAAAAAACAGACCCAGCGCAGCGUCUUCCGCUGCAACGUCUUGGGGGACAGAGGCAGCGGGAAGAGUGGCUUCCUCCAAGCUUUCCUGGGCAAGAACCUGCAGGGACAGAGGCGGAUUAGAGAAGACCACAAGUCCUUCUAUGCCAUCAGUACAACCUAUGUCUAUGGUCAGGAGAAGUACCUGCUGCUCCAUGAGGUGAUGCCAGAUUUUGACUUCCUGUCAGAGGCGGACCUGGCCUGUGAUGUUGUCUGCCUGGUGUAUGACAUCAACAAUCCAAGCUCUUUUGAAUACUGCGCCAAAGUGUACAAGCAAUACUUCAUCGAUAGCAAGACUCCAUGCGUGGUGGUCGCCGCCAAGUCGGACCUGCACGAAGUACGGCAGCACUACAGUCUCUCGCCGCACGAGUUCUGCCGUAAGCACAAGCUCCACCCACCCCAGCCGUUCACAUGCAGCGUGACCGACGCACCCAACAAAGACAUCUACACGAGAAUCACCACCAUGGCCAUGUAUCCCCAUGCCCAUCUCCGCUGCAUGUGCGCCUCCAACAGGUGCACAUACUGCCUGUGUCAGAACCUCCUCAAGUUGGAGCUGCUGCGCAGUUUUAAGGCCCAACUCCGCAGGGUCAUGUUCAACAGCUGCAGCCGGCCCACCCGCUCUCUGUACGGUGUGACACAGCGAAGUGUGACCGUGCUGUGCCAGCUAACGCAUAGGCAACUCCAUAGGUGUUCAAACACAAGUUUUUGGCUGCCCCUCAUCCUCUUCCUCUUGCACGUGUUCACUCUCUGCUAAUCUGUUUGCUGUUAUGUUGCAUGGCUCACCUGCUCUCUGGAUAACCAACGGCAUGCCUCGGUCCUUCGCUGGGAAUCGGUCACUCAUCUGUCCAUCGCUACAUUAUUGAGAGUUUGGUGUUUUUAAUUAGUUAGAGGAGGCGGGUUCUUGAACCACAGGGUUUGAAUGGCUGUCCAUGGUGUUGGAUUGGGCAGAAGAGUGUUGGGUGUUUGCAGCAAUGGCUUAAAAUGAGGUCUCUUGUUUAGGCGUCCAUGGACCCGGGCAGUGCUGCUCACUGUAGCGUUGCAUCCAGCACCCUUUGUCUUGAUACUGUUAAUUUAAUCUCUGGGAGGGAUCGGCACUAUCAAUAGCAUGACAUUUAAUGAGCAAGGGGGCGACACACCAUAUUAAAUGCCCAACGUGUUUUCUAAAUAGUGCGUUGAUUGACUGGGAAGUCGUCUAGCAUUGUGCAAUAUUGAAAUCUUCACAGAAAUGAUACGCUAUAAUUGUAAAAUGUGUGAGGGCACUUAAGAAACUUGGUGCAGCGGGAAUAACAACUGUUUCCUCUAGUUUCAUUUCAGUUCUCUCUUCAAUUUGUUACCAAUAAAAAAAAAAUCAAGUAUAUGAUUAGUGAUAAUGGCAGAGAAAGUAGAAAUAAACUGAUUACACUGACUGAUAACAAAUUGGAGAUGAACUAUAUUUCCAAAGAAAUUUGAUGUGUGCGUGUGUGUGUGCGGUGAUGUUUGACCAGAUAUGCAGUUACGGUCUCUGUUCCCAGCUUGGUAGAGCUGAGUGAUAUGGAUCAGAUCAGAUUUCACCCCAUAUUAUUUUUGCAAACUUACAGUAUUGUUGGUUUAACUAUUGAUACUUAAACAAAAUAUUAAUCUAAACUUCCUCUGCCCAGAAUAAUAUAAUGCAGUAACUGAAUCUCCUUCAACCAAAAUCUCCAUGAUAU